AUGCGGUCCUCAAGAACUCACAAGGCACGGAGCAGGCUCGGGCAUUUCAGCCGGCCAAACUCGCUCUUGGCUCAUGGCAUUUUCAGCUCAUGGCGGUCAACCGGGCACACAGUCACGGACUUACUGACACUUGGCGCAGGCGGUCGUACUCGCCUCUGUGUUGAACUCGCCGAGAAACAAAUCUCAGCUCAAACGCCCAAUCAGAAGCUGUCGCACAUUCUCAGGCUCAUACAUCUUUUUCAAUGCGUCAUAGCGAGAGUCUCUUGA